AUGAGCGCGCUCCCUCGUCUAGCCAAGGAUGCACCACCAGUCACCAUAAGCGCCCCGAACGCGGCUGUCGACAUCACCCAGGCCACCUCCCAGAAUGUCUCGGGAACCUCGAGCUUCACUGAUGAGGACAAAGGGUCCACAUCCGACAUCAAUUGGUCGCAUAGUAGCCCUAGCAACACCGAGUCUCUUGUUGACGAUUCAAUUGCCCCACUCAGCCGCAGCCACGUCUUUCAAGAUGAGAAAGUAGCUCAACACUGGCGUCAACUGUACGAGUCGACCAAGUACGAGAACCGACACCGUUUCGAUCCGUCAUUCGAGUGGACCGUGGAAGAGGAGAACAGGGUGAUCCGAAAAGUGGACUUCAGAAUUCUGGCAUGGAGCUGGGUCAUGUUCAUGUCACUGGACCUGAUCCGCAAGAACAUCAACCGUGCCAUCGCCGACAACUUUUUGUCCGAUCUCGGCAUGAACCAGAACGACUUCAACAACGGCCAAGUCAUCUAUCUGCUGGCUUUUCUUAGCGCUGAAUUACCUUCCGGAUUGAUCUCCAAGAAGCUCGGUGCCGAUGUUUGGGUUCCAACACAGAUCGUAUCUUGGAGCAUCAUCUCGGCGAGCCAGGCAGCCUUGACCAACAAGGCUGGCUUCUUCGUCACCCGUGCUUUGCAAGGGCUUGCGCAGGGUGGUUUCUUGCCUGAUCAGAUUCUAUACAUCUCGUACUGGUACACUGGUAAGGAGCUCAACACGCGACUGAGCUGGUUCUACACCGUCCUUGGUCUCAGUCAGAUCGUCGGAUCGCUUCUCGCCGCCGGAUUUCUUGAGCUCCGUGGACUCAACGGAGUAGCGGGAUGGCAAUAUCUCUUUGGCUUCGAAGGCCUGAUCACGGGUGUUAUCGGUAUCCUCUCCUUCUUCAUGCUCGCGCCAAGUCCCACGAAAACCAAAGGCUUUCUCCGCGGAAAGAACGGCUGGUUCAACGAAAGGGAAGAAAAAAUCAUCGUCAACCGUGUCCUCCGUGACGACCCUACCAAGGGAGAUAUGAACAACCGCGAGGGCUUGACUUCCAGUGCCGUUUGGCAAGCCUUAGGCGAGAAGGACUUGUGGCCCGUAUACCUGCUUGGUCUCGUGGUCUUCAUUCCCUAUUCGCCUCCUCAAACCUACCUCUCCCUUAUCCUCAGACAGUUGGGUUAUACCACGCUCAAGUCCAACUUGCUCGCCAUUCCAUCCCAGUUUUUCUUUGCCCUGAACACUAUUCCGUACACGUGGCUUUCGGCUAGGCUCAACGAGAGGAGCAUCCUCGCCUCACUUUCCAACGUUUGGAAUAUAAGUUUCCUGAUCCCGCUAUACCUGCUCAAAGAAAGCUCGACGAACCACUACAACUGGGUUCGAUAUGCAUUAAUCACAGUGCUUACCUCGGUACCGUACUGCCACCCCUUCCUUAUCGGCUGGGUUUCACAAAAUUCGCAGUCGGUCCGAAAUCGUGCGGUGUCACUCUGUCUCUACAACAUGUCGGUUCAAGUAGGCUCGAUUCUGUCGACUCGAGUCUACACGAAUGGCGACAAACCUUACUAUCGCAAGGGAAAUCUGGCGCUUAUCUCGCUCGCUGCGCUUUCCAUCGUCCUUUGCUGGCUCGUCAAGCUAUACUACAUCCGACGCAACAAGCAGAAGCUUCGCGUUUGGGACAGCCUCAGCGCCGACGAAAAGCUGCAGUACAAACUUACGACCAAGGACAAGGGCGCCAAGCGCUUAGAUGUCCUAUUCGUUCACUAG